AUGUCAGAUAAUUGGUCGCGCCAACAUCGCGAGAAUAAUUUCGCUGCAUCUGCCAAGGACGCCGUCGCCGCCGCUGUCGCUCCUAUCGACCAGGCCAUCAAACAGCUUAGCAACGCCAUCUUGAACGCCUUUGCUAACGCGGCAGCCGCCGCAUCUGCCAGCAUUCGGCCAGAACUCGACGACAUCGAGACGCACCUUCUGGACAGCCUGAAAGAGCAGGACACUUCUGGGCUCGCAGGCUUCGAAAGGUUCGGCGGGUUCUGCGAGUCGGAUGCUGGCCUUAUGGCACGUGGAACGCACGCGUGGUCUUCAGAUGGCGUGGUACAGUGGCUCUGGAGACAGCCGACUACGGCCGGGCCUUCUCUGGAAGUCCUGGAGGUGUACCAGACCAGAGGUCAGAUCAAGACCUCGUUCCAGCGCGUCGCGCUCUAUUCCACAGCGCUGCGCAGCGGGCGGGCGUCGCAACUGUUCUUCCUCUCUCGAAGGAUCAACGCCGUGGAAAGGGGCGCGCAGAUGCGGGUCUCUUUUGGCAAGACGAUGGUCUCGAGGGCAGCGCAAAACGGCAGCGCGUCUCAUCGCAGUCGCGAGGGCCAGAUGCAGGCGCUCAUCCUGACGACCCCCCCGAUGGCUCGGUCAUCCGCGCCCCGGAGAGGGGUCCGCCUGCCGGGGCUGCGCAAGUCCGACGUCGAGCUCAUCUCCGCCAUGUUCGGGCGACCUGCAGGAUUGUUGGAUUCCGUCAUGAUACUCCGCUGGCGCUUCCUGUGCCGAGCCUUUCAUGGCCUGUCCCAGAAGUCCCGGCUGCUGACCUGUGAGAUCCUCGGGUGCAGUUCUCUGCGCAGCACGAGGGCCAUCGCCGCGCUGGGCUACAUCGCGCUGCUGGCCCCGCCCCCUAGCGAGCUCCUGAAGGAUGAGAUGUACCAGCUGGUGCGGAUCUGCAGACAUGCUGGCGGCGCCUUUCGGCGUCUCGAUCGCGCCUCCCUCUGCGACUGGGGUGGUCCCAGGUUGCUUUCGGCCUGGGCGCUUGCGCAAGCUGCGCUGAUCAGAUCCGCGCUCGUCACUCGCGGCAAGCAGCGCGCCUACCUCAUCGGCAACCGCGCUGAAGCGGAUAAGUUCAUCCUCGACCGCCUUCUCAGAAAGCGCCAAGCCUGCUCCGAGUUCUCGUUCUGGGAAGAAAAGGGCUUCACGGCGAGCAACCGCAAGCACGUUCAUUGGGCGCUGGCAUCGGCGAGCUCUGGGAGGUUAUUGCGGGUCCUGGCCGUGGCCCGUUUUGGUGGCGGGGUCUUCGUGGACGCCGACCCGCUGGUCAGGAAGGGCACCCUUCAACCGAACGUGGACUCGCUGGACCCCUCGCGACACGCCCACUUCCUCUACAACAUCACUCGCCACAAGAACUGGUCGCCAAUGGAGGCGGUCUUAGAAGCGGCGAAGGCAGCUAUCAAUAUCGAUGCCGUGGCUACUCCAUCCCGCGUGGACGGGGGCGGCCGCCUUUGCCCCGCUGCCGCCAACGCCGGGGGUACCAGGCGCGAGGAGGCGGGAGCUUGCGCGCCGUUUGAGGACGAGAUCAUGGGCGACAAGAUGAGAGUCCGGAUGCGGUACUUGGCGAUGACGCCCUCGCUUUUGUCUCGACUAGCGCUGUGGCAGAUGCUGCUGCAUCUCCCGGCAGUCUUUCUGCAGGUGUUGCCGGUGCUCAUCCUGAAAUAUUUCAGCUGCGGGCUCUUGCAAGACUUGCCGCAGAUUCGCCACUUCAGCGGGUCGGCGCCCGCGGACAUCGACGCGGACGCGAUGGGCGACGCGCGAGACCCGCGCGCGCUGAUCGCCGACGCGGCGCCCUCGGACAGCGGCAGUGUUCUCGCGGCCAGCGUUGGGCGCCACCAGCGGGCAGUCGGACUUGCGCGUGCAACAUGUCGGCGGGCUGGUUCAUCGCAGGUGGAGUGCUUUCUCUGGGUGCAGCUCGCGCGUUCGCUUCGUGGUCUCAAGCGACGAGUCGGAGUUCAGGGUGGCGCCGACGUGCCUUGCUUGCCGCUGGAAGCGGCGGCGAACGUUGCUGAGCACUCUUGCGGCGAUUGCAACGUCUUGCAGGCUAGUUUUUUCAAGUGUUCGGAGCAGUGGAUCCCGAACGCACUCAACCAGGGCGAAUCUCUCGGCGACGCGCAACUGUGGAUGGCCUGGUCGCCACGUCUCCUCGACUCCCCGGGCAAGGCAGCGCAGGAGCCGCCCAGAAACAUCCAGCACAUGACGUAUUGUGAGGUCCGGGUGAAGCCGAACUUCCCGGAGCAUUCCCUGUCUUCCCCGACGGCGGCCGCGAUGGCAAAAUUGAGGGCUUCGCCACCCUGCAGGGCUACAUCGAGCAUGGAAGCUUGGCACCUGGCAGUGACGAGCGGAUGCACCGCGAACGAGCUCUUGCACAAGUACGCGGCAAGGACCCCCGCUUUGGCUACAAUGGUGCGGGCGUUUCUCGUGUUCCAGAUCUUCAACAAGCUCCUCGUCAAGGUGCACUCCACGCUGAACAUCAGCACUAACGGCCUUGCCGGGCAUGUCGGCCUCGAGGCCACCAAUGACGUGCACAAGUGCUACCCCGACCA